AAAAUUUUACGAUUAAGCCCCAAAACAAUAUUUUCCCUCAAAUAAGUCCCCAAUUUAAUGCUAAAAUACCCCAAAAUUUUGGGAUAUUACAUCCACCCCUCCUAAAAAGGAGUUUUGUCCCCAAAACUCAAAUCUAGGAUCACUUCGAUUGGUGAAUGGCUUCACACAAUCUAAGACAAAACAAUGCCCCACCGACUUUCUAUGAUCGGAACAUGAUCUACUACGCUUUCGCGGCGCCACUCUAAUAUCAAACCACAAUUAUCACAAGGAAUUCAAUCACAAGAUGCAUGGCUAACAAUCACAAAGAUACAACAGUCAGAUUCACUUUACGGGGACUAGGUACUCAUCACUACCCUAACAAGCCAAUAACAAUCUCAAUCUCCACCCUCCCCAAUGGCCAUUUCAGAGGGGGAGAUAACUUCACGCCUCAACACAAGUAACUAAACUCGAGGGUCAUUAGCGUGAUUAUGUGGUGCCCUUGACUCAAAUCAAGACCCGGCACUCAUCAAACACAUCAUGACAGGGAGUCUAAUGAUGAGUCCAACUAAAAGAUGGAACCCUAUCCGAGACGGAUAAGCAUCACUCGGAUAUAUAGAAUCAUGAAGACAUGAAUGCAUGUAUAUGCAUGUAUGAAUGAAUGCCUUUAUGCAUG